AUGUUUCCCUUGGUCAAAAACACACUAAGUCAUCUCCAAGUUCAAAGCAUUCAGCAAACAAUGGCAAGGCAGAGCCAUCAGAAACAUACACUUGAUUUUCAUGACAAAUACGGUAAUGCUGUAUUAGCUAGUGGAGCCACUUUCUGUACUGCUGUAUGGACAUAUGUAGCAACUCAAAUUGGAAUAGAAUGGAACCUGUGCCCUGAUGGCAGAGUCACUCCAAAGGAAUGGAGAGAUCAGUCAUCAUCCCAGCUGGUGUAAUACUGAACUGUUUAAAAAACAGCUCAUCAGCUGGGCACGGU